AUGGGGGCGAACAAAGUAGUCCAGAAGUCCAAGGAGGCCAAGAUGAAGGCCGCCAUGGCCGGCGGUAAGUCCCGCAAGAAGAAGUGGGCCAAGGGCAAGGUCAAGGAGAAGCUCGCGAACCUGGUCAUGUUCGACAAGGCCACCUACGACAAGAUGCUCAAGGAGAUUCCCAAGGCGAAGUUGAUCACCCCCUCCGUGGUCUCCGAGCGACUGAAGGUGAACGGCUCCGUGGCUCGCGUGGCCAUCCGGCACCUUGAGGAGAAGAACAUGAUCAUGCACGUGGGCGAGAAGUCCAGCAAGCAGAUGAUCUACACGCGCAAGAUCGGCGGUGGCGAGGUCGGGAACCACGACACUGAGCCCCAGUUCCUCGCAUCCAACGGAAGGUCCCAACACCUAGUCCAGAAGUCCAAGGAGGCCAAGAUGAAGGCCGCCAUGGCCGGCGGUAAGUCCCGCAAGAAGAAGUGGGCCAAGGGCAAGGUCAAGGAGAAGCUCGCAAACCUGGUCAUGUUCGACAAGGCCACCUACGACAAGAUGCUCAAGGAGAUCCCCAAGGCGAAGUUGAUCACCCCCUCCGUGGUCUCCGAGCGACUGAAGGUGAACGGCUCUGUGGCUCGCGUGGCCAUCCGCCACCUGGAGGAGAAGAACAUGAUCAUGCACGUGGGCGAGAAGUCCAGCAAGCAGAUGAUCUACACGCGCAAGAUCGGUGGUGGCGAGGACUGA